CAACGUUCUUGGAAAAGGUGGCGGAGGAGCUGCAUGGCCUGGCGGCGGUGGCUUUGCCGCGAACAAUAUGAGCAUGCAGCAAACGUUUGGAAGCACGACCGGGCGGGACCUGAGCGCUUACUUUGCGACCGGCGGCGGCGGCGGGGCUCCAAACUCGCAGGAGGCAAUGCAGCUCUAUCUCAUGAACGCGGCGGCGGCGGCGGCUGCUGCCGGAUACGGCGGAUUCGCCGCCAGUUCUGGAGAUGGACCGCCGGCUCAGGCGGCGGCGGGAGCUCCCGGGAGCAUGGUUUUCAUCCCGGGGCCGGCGGCGUCGCAGACUCCCAUUGGAGUGCCGCUCCACAGCUCGCAAAACUCACUCUCCCAGACCUCGCAAGUUACGUCCGUGUCGAACUCUCCGGUGGCGUACCGUGGUGGAAGUGGAAAUGGUGGCGGAGGAUCGCACUUCUCGAGCUGGAAGAGUGGCGACGAGCUGGUUUUCAUGCCCGGGAGCGAGCGCGCCGCCAAGACGUCGAUGGACGUAAGCGACUUCUCCGACUACCACCAGCACGCGGCGGCGGCGGCGGCGUUCCACCAGAUGCAAGACCAUCUCUCCUCGCAAGCCCCGGGUGGCGCCGCCGGCGGUGGCGGCGGUGGAGUCUUCCAGGGCCUCUCGCUCUCGCUCUCCUCCCAGCAGCCGCCGCCGCUCAACGCUUUCGACGUGAUCCAGCAGUCGGGGCUGGAUCACGGCCAGGAUCACCAGGCAGACAGCAAGCGAUCCAAGCUGGCGGCGGACUUGAGCCACUUCCGGCGGGAUUUUAUUGGCGGCGCCGCCGCUCCCAAGGUCCCGGACGCCGCCAGCGCCACUCCGGCCAUGUCCGCCAGCUUUAACAUCAUCUCCAGCAGCCGCUACCUCAAGGCUUGCCAGCAGCUCUUAGAGGAAGUUUGCAGCGUUGGAAGAGGUGGCAAGCAAAAGAGCAAACCAUCCAACUCUCAGGGAUGGACAGCGGCGGGGGGCGGCGGAGGAGGAGCGGCGAGUCCUCUCACAAGCCCGACAUCUGCUACUACUCCUAGUGCUCCGGCGAACAACAAUCCAGCACCGACGACGAGCAAAGAUCAAAGCGCUCCAGCUCCGGCUGCGGGGUCAUCUCAAGAACUUUCCAACGAGAAGGAUGCUUGCGUGAGCGCUGGAAACAAUACCGCCGUAAGCUCCAGUUCACCGGGUGGCGGAGGAGCUAAAACCGCGCCUGGAACUGGAGGAGCUGGGGGUGCUACCACGAGUGGGACUGGAACAGCGUCUGCGGCAGCGGCCCCAAGCUCGAUCGAAGGUGGAGUGGAGUCGACGAGCGCGCUGAGCGCCGAGGAGAAGCAGGAGCUUGAGACGAAGAAAUCCAAGCUCAUCGGCAUGCUCCAAGAGGUGGAUCGGAGAUACCGGCAGUACUACGAUCAAAUGCAAGUGGUGAUCAGCUCGUUUGAUGCGGUGGCCGGCGUUGGAGCGGCCACUCCCUACACGGCUCUCGCGUUGCAAGCCAUGUCUCGCUACUUUCGGUGCCUGAAGGACGCCAUCACGGGGCAAAUCUCGCUGGUUUGCAAGUCCCUGGGCGAGGAGGACAUCUCCAAGCAGAUCACCACCAAGAGCCCCACUUCCCGGCUCCGCUUCAUCGACCAGCAGAUCCGGCAGCAGCGCGCGUUCCAGCAGCUCGGGAUGCUCAACCAGCACGCCUGGAGGCCGCAGCGAGGACUCCCCGAGCGAUCGGUUUCGAUCUUGCGAGCUUGGCUCUUUGAGCACUUCCUCCAUCCGUAUCCCAAAGACGCGGACAAGAUGAUGCUAGCGAGGCAGACUGGUCUAACAAGAAGUCAGGUGUCCAACUGGUUCAUCAACGCUCGAGUGAGGCUAUGGAAGCCAAUGGUGGAGGAGAUGUACCAGGAAGAAACGAGAGAUCACGAGCUGGACGCGGCGGUGGCGCGGAUGCAAGCCGCGAGCGAGGAAAACGAGCUCAAGAACAGCAGUGACGCUCUCACCGAUCCCAAGUCGGGGAAGCUCAUGUCCAUGGAUCACUCGGAGCAGGACUUCAUCCACGAGACCAGCCCGGUCGACUACAAUCCGGGGCUCCGGAAGCAGCAGCAGCAAAACAUGGUGGUCGGAUCGUCUCCAGCGGAUUUGUACGAGGAUUCCAGCGUCCAGCACCACCAGCAGCUCAAGAAAUCCAGGUACCACGAUCCAUCCUCGGCGGACUUUGUACACCACCAUAUGGAAGUGGACAUGAAGCCGGAGAGCGAUGAUAGCUUGGGAGUCCACGGCUAUGGAGGUGGCGGCGGCGGAGGAUACCACGACCAGAGCCUCCGCUUCUCCCCCGCCAAUCCAGGCUUUCGAUACAACUUAAAUCCUUCGCCGGGAGGUGGAGUAUCUCUCACUCUGGGACUCCAGCACAGUGACAGCAGCUUGGGAGGAGUGAUCCAUCCUCACGCGGCGGCGGCGGCGGCAGCCUACUUGCAACCGCAGGGAUUCCACGCGCUGGCUCGUGGCGGCGGUGGCGGCGGAGGUGGUGGAGGUGGCGGCGGCGAUGAUUUCUCCAGCUUGUACGACAAUGCGGCGGCGGCGGCGGCGGCGGGGUUGCACGACGGGAUGAACUACGCGAGCAGGAAGCAUAUGGAGAGCCAGCUGCUGCACGAUUUUGUGCCUAGCUAGUGGAUCGAUCGCUCGGCUAUUCUUCUAUAUUUUCCUCUCCAAGAACUUUGGAGAGAUUCUCCCGAAGAACACCUCGAAGACGUCUAUAUUCCUCGUGAUCAUGGGCAGGGAUUUUAUAUAGCACCGAAUUUAUAGUGUUCUUUUCCAGCU